GUCCGUACCAUGGUCACACUAAACCCUAAAAAACAAGUGAUAAUAUUUUUGGAAUUCGCAGUUUUUUGCCCAACUAAAACCGGAAAAUGAUAUUUUCUGCCCAUAAAUAACUCUGAUAUGUCCAAGCGCAACAAUAUAACGUACGUUAAGCCACAGGAACCGAGUUUUUUGGCCAAAUUGAAGGCUGAGAUUGGCUACAAAGAGGGUCCGACAUUGGAAACCAAGCGUCAGCGUUUGGAGCGCGAUCCAGAGGACAACGAUUCAGAUUCCGGCGAGGAGCGACAGGACGAACAGCCGCAGGUGGUGGUCCUCAAUGUGGGCGAUCUAACCGCCGAGGAAGCUCUCGAGGAAAAACGCUUGGCCGCCAAAGAACUAGCUGAGAAACGCGCCGACCUAUCCCAGCCAAUCGUUUUCAAGCAAAGGGUGAAGCAGGUCAACGUGGAGACGGCCACCAGCAGCAAGAAAUCGGAAAGGUCCGAAAAAUCAAAGUCCAAGUCCAAGAAAUCCAAGGCCGUUGCCAGCAGUAAACUAUCCUUCAACGAGGACGAAGACGACGAGGCCGAGGAUUCAAGUUAAAAGCUGGCCAACUUGAAAAUAACAUCCAAUUGUUGUGGAACACCUUUGGCGAAUGAUUAAGAUAUUCAAACAUUCGGAAGAUAGAACGUAUCCGAAACUGACUGGGCCGCCGCCGCAUUCUACAUAGCAGAGAACGGACAACAAAUGACC